AUGCGCGCCGGGCUUACACUUUUUAUUUUUUGUUUGAGGCAGAUUGAUCUCGAGUCAAGCGACGAUGAUAUUCAGGAAAUCCAGCAAGAAAUCUCUGUCUUGUCGACAUGCGCCAGCCCUCACGUCACGCAAUACAAGACCAGCUUCUUGCGGGGGCACAAGCUAUGGAUCGUGAUGGAAUACUUAGGUGGCGGUUCUUGUCUUGACUUGCUCAAACCAGGACCGUUUAACGAAGCGCAUAUCGCGAUUAUCUGCCAUCAGCUUCUACUCGGUCUAGACUAUCUUCACCAUGAGGGAAAGAUCCAUCGUGAUAUCAAGGCUGCCAAUGUCCUCUUGUCGCAAAAAGGAAAGGUUAAAUUGGCGGACUUCGGCGUCGCAGCGCAAUUGACAAACAUCAAGUCGCAACGGAACACUUUGGUCGGGACGCCAUUCUGGAUGGCGCCGGAGGUUAUUCAGCAAGCGGGAUACGACUUCAAGGCUGAUAUUUGGUCUCUUGGAAUCACGGCGAUGGAGAUGGUCAACGGAGAGCCACCGCAUGCGAGCACGCAUCCGAUGAAGGUGUUGUUCCUUAUUCCCAAGGCCUCAGCUCCGAGGCUAGAAGGAAACCAGUACAGUACCCACUUCAAGGAUUUUAUUGCUCAAUGUCUGGUCAAGGACCCGGAUCGACGGCCAACCGCCAAGGAGCUGUUGAGGCAUAAAUUCAUUCGGGGAGCGGGGAAAACAGAGGCUUUACAGGAACUGAUCCAACGACGACAAGAAUGGGAGGCGACCAAGGGAGUUUCAGAUGGUGUAAAGUACUAUGCAGAAUCGCUGAAUACUAUCGCUCUCCACGAUGAUGAUGGGGAUGACGAUGGUUGGGUUUUCGACACUGUCAGGCCUGGUACCAUAACUUCCACGAGAAACAUUGCGAAGCGGCCGAAGCCAUCGGUUCACUCGCUAGGAGAUCUUGACGAAACAGCAGAGAUGAUGGAAAAUCUCAACAUAACAGAUGACACCUCUGAACCCAAGCCUGUCAUGAACUCGACAGUACGCCGGACUUCCGUUAGGCGACGUGUAUCGUCGGUGAGGCGCACAAACAGUAGACGAAAAUCCAGCGGCGCAAAGCAACCGUUAGGAGUGGACCUUACGUUUGGCAAUACUCCAUCCACUGUGAGACAGUUUCGACGUGUUUCGGAUAAAGAAAACAACGAGAAUGAGGGAGCCGGCUAUAAUCCGGGAGCGGAGGACGGUUACUCGCCCAAGACGCCUUUCGCCUCCGAAGCACUACAAAGCAAGGAAGCGGCUCUGGGGAGACGGAUGUACAGUAUUGGAGUCGGACUGGCAUGCCAGGAGGCUUUGGUAAACACUUGGGACCAAGGAAAACGAGACGCCAUCUCCCGGCUCGCAGAAGCUUGGAGUGAGCUUGAAAUGGUUGACCCGGAGGGUUUAUAUCAAAUAGUAAAGGCUUCGUAUGAAAAGCUUCAAGCUGAUCCCAAAACUGCUGCGGUGCUCCCAAAACCACCCGCUGCGGAUUCUCCUCAAAGACCCAAGCUCAUGCUGGCGCAAAACAAUCCACAUCUCAAGAACCAUAAGCGACGCCAAUCAGCCCACCUCGCAACUGAACAGCCAUGGCAUUCGGGCGAUGGGAAGCUUCCUGGCCACGCUGCCCCCGGGAUGGAGCAUACAAAGCAACUUGCCGAUGUUCUGUAUGGCCGGUGGAGCGAUAGUCUGCGAAACAGAUGGGCGGCUCACUAG